AUGCAGUGCCUGUUUUUAGAGGAUCGCAUUUCCACCGAGGGUUAUGUGGUACUCCUUGGUGAGGCGUUCCGCAGUUCCUUUUCUGCAAUUCGACCAUUCCUCACCACUAUAGCGGAGCCAACUUCACGUCCCUCACUAAUGCAUGAAUACCGCAUGACACCCUUCUCAUUGGGUACAGCCGUAUCUUCCAGUGUACCAGCAUCCGAAGUAGUGGAUUUUUUGGAUACCUAUGUCUAUGGAUUUCUCGAUAAAAAGUUAGAAACACGACGUACCCAUGUUUGUGACUUUAUAGAGACAUGUAUGAGUCGUUACAACCUUGCUCGUAUAGUUAUUGAGGAUCAACGAACAUUAGUGGAGUGUGAAACCGUUGAAAUUGCUGAAAUGCUACUUGGAGAUCCUGUUGUGCAAUCACUUUCAGCUGAACCACAUGAAGUUGUUCUUGAAGCUGGUGUGCUUCCCUAUUUCCUUCUACGUAGUAGAGCAGUGGCGAGAGUUGUCGCGGAACGUUGCGUUUUCUUGGGUUUCCCACUUCAGCAACAAUAUGAUUAUGAAAAGGAUGAUAGUAUUCGAAGUGUCAAUAUUAUGUUAAGGACACAGACGAAACCACGUCCAUACCAAAUUGAUGCUGUUAACGCCGCUGCAUCUGAUGGUUCUCUACGGAGUGGCUGUAUUGUUCUUCCUUGUGGAGCAGGUAAAACACUUGUAGGUAUCAUGUUACUUUGUAAGGUUAAGAAACCAACAUUAAUCUUAUGUGCGGGAAGUGUAAGUGUUGAACAGUGGAAAAAUCAAAUAUUGGAAUUUGCUAGUAUUUUUGCUCCUCAUACAGAUGAUGAGACUGUUUCCACUGAGAAACACAAGUCUAGACUAGAGGGAGCGGCACGAAUUGCUUGUUUAACUGGUAAACAAAAGGACGAAAUCACAGAUGAUACCGAUAUCGUUCUCACUACAUACAGUAUGCUCGUAACAGCCCAUAAAACUCAAAUACGUCGUCAUAUGAAUCGUACAGGUGAUACCACUAAAGGUGGAGAACAAAAGAGACGGCGACCUAAUCCAAAAGAAAAAUUGUUUCAGCCAUAUGGUCUUCUUAUUAUGGAUGAGGUUCAUGUUAUGCCAGCUGAGACAUAUAAGGAAAGUUUAAGUCUUAUUGAUGCUAAAGGAGUGGUUGGACUAACAGCUACUUAUGUGCGAGAAGAUUCAAAAAUAAGAGAUCUUUUCCAUCUUGUAGGACCGAAAUUGUAUGAUGUUUCUUGGGAAACAUUGGCAUCAAGUGGAUAUCUAGCAAAUGUGACUUGUAUAGAAAUUCUAACACCACUAACACGUCAUUUUAGUCUUGAAUACAUGGAACGUAGUGGAGAGAAUCAAAUCUUGCAACAACGCAAGAUGCCAUUACUCGUUAUGUUGGCUGCAGCAAAUCCCAAUAAAAUGUUAUGUGUUCUUGAACUUGUACAAAGACAUGUUGCUGAAUCAUCAAAGAUACUAGUUUUUUGCGAUCAUCUCAUGUUAUUAAAAGAAUAUGGAAAUCUUCUUAGGGCUCCUGUGAUUUGCGGAGAGACACCUCAUCGUGAACGAUUAAUGGUUUUUUCAGAUUUUCAAAGUACAUCAAAAUUAAAUGUUAUUUGUUUGUCUCGUGUGGGGGACGUCAGUGUCAAUCUCCCCAGUGCAAAUGUUGUGAUUCAGGUCUCUAGUCAUGGUGGUAGUCGACGACAAGAGGCACAACGACUCGGUAGAAUAUUACGUCCUAAAGCCAGAGCAAGUAAUGGAAAGAUAGUAGACGCAUGGUUUUAUACAGUUAUCAGUACCGAUACCGUGGAGAUGGCCUACGCCGCCCAUCGUACAGCUUUUCUCGUUGAUCAAGGAUACACAUGUCGCAUUAUGGAAUUUCGCCCUGAUGAAAAAUCUGAGAAUGAAUUCACUACUUCUUUAAAUGAAGAUGUUGCCCCUAUUACAGAAGCGGGAGAUAUUGUGAGUAUUAAGCAAGAAAAACUGCGUAAUGCUUUCAAGGAGUCCAAACUUAAAUGUCUCUCCAUGUCUUCUUUACAAGGCUCUAUUGAUCCACGAAAUGUUGACUACCAGUUAAACUUACUUUCCAGGGUUGUUUCUGGCUGGGAGUUAGAUUACCAUGGUCAAAUGUUGCAGCGGAUGGCAUCAGGUCAAGAUGGAGAUAAAGAAGAAGAAGACGAUGAUGUUGUGGAGAUUGUUGCUGACGAGGAUGUUCUCACCGUUAAACGAGAAUGGGCAGCACGACGUGGUGUGAUUCCUGUUUUUAUGAAUCAAGGUGCUACCUCUCUGCAAAACUUGGUUGGUGUGGAUGAAAAUUUUGUCUAUCACGAGCUUUAG